CAUGCAUGACGUGUACGGGAUGGUCUGUCAAUUGGACGCCGUGUCGGUUUAAUACUUUUACUUUUUUAAUAGUUAAAAUAAUUACAUUAUGGCAUUUAAAAGGGAUAAAAAAGAAGAAGAGGACGGGGGCGGAAAUAUCUUUCUCAACCUGGAGAAGACAAGCGUUUUACAAGAGGCUCGAACUUUCAAUGAAACUCCUGUCAAUCCAAGAAAAUGCACGAUCAUCCUCUCGAAAAUUUUAUAUUUAAUCAACCAGGGUGAGCAGUUAGGUACAACAGAAGCAACUGAAACGUUCUUUGCAAUGACUAAGCUGUUCCAAUCUCGAGAUGUGAUUCUCCGGAGAAUGGUCUACUUGGGAAUAAAGGAACUCUCUUCCCUUGCUGAAGAUGUCAUCAUUGUCACUUCUAGUCUAACCAAGGACAUGACGGGUAAAGAGGACCUGUAUCGGGCAGCUGCAAUUCGUGCUCUUUGUUCCAUAACUGACGGAUCAAUGCUUCAAGCCAUUGAACGUUACAUGAAGCAAGCAAUUGUUGAUCGAAAUGCUGCUGUGAGUAGUGCUGCCCUCGUUAGUAGCCUGCAUAUGACAAGAAUUGCGGGUGAUGUUGUCAAACGCUGGGUUAAUGAGGCGCAAGAAGCUCUCAUAAGUGACAAUGUGAUGGUGCAAUAUCAUGCUCUAGGAGUGCUAUACCAUAUUCGAAAAUCUGACAGAUUGGCUGUCACUAAAUUAGUCACAAAGCUAACACGUUCACCCUUGAAGUCGCCUUUUGCUGUCUGUCUUCUUAUCCGAAUUGUUUGCAAACUACUGGAAGAAGAAGGUGAUGUUGCAUUGAGUGAGUCACCCCUUUUUGACUUCGUUGAAAAAUGUUUGAGGCAUAAGUCAGAGACAGUCAUUUAUGAGGCUGCGCAUGCAGUUGUGAAUCUUAGACGCACAACACCCCGUGAACUGGCCCCCGCAGUAUCGGUGCUUCAAUUAUUCUGUUCCAGUCCAAAGCCUGCUCUGCGUUUUGCAGCUGUCAGAACAUUGAAUAAAGUGGCUAUGUCUCAUCCAGCUGCUGUGACAGCAUGCAAUUUGGAUCUUGAGAACCUUAUCAGUGAUUCAAACAGAUCCAUCGCUACUUUGGCCAUAACUACUCUUCUCAAGACAGGAGCGGAAUCCUCAGUCGAUCGACUAAUGAAACAGAUAUCCACCUUUGUUUCUGAAAUCUCAGAUGAAUUCAAAGUUGUUGUCGUUCAGGCAAUAAGAGCUCUUUGUCUGAAGUUUCCGAGGAAGCAUGGUGUGUUGAUGAAUUUCUUAUCAGCUAUGUUACGUGAUGAAGGAGGUUUAGAAUAUAAAGCUUCAAUUGCAGACACAAUAAUAUCUAUCAUAGAAGAAAAUCCCGAUGCCAAAGAAACAGGUUUAGCCCAUUUAUGUGAGUUCAUAGAGGACUGUGAACAUACCAGCCUUGCUGUCCGCAUUUUACACUUAUUAGGAAAGGAAGGGCCUCGUACAAAACAACCCUCCAGAUACAUCCGCUUCAUUUACAACCGAGUGAUUCUAGAGAGUGCUGUCGUUCGCUGUGCGGCUGUUGCUGCAAUGGCUCAAUUUGGUGCAUCUUGCCCGGACUUAUUGCCGAAUAUUCUGGUUCUCCUGGCCAGGUGUCAGAUGGAUUGCGACGACGAGACAAGAGACAGGGCUACUUUUUACUACCAUAUUCUCAGUGGAGACCAGCCGCAGUUCAUUUAUCAUUACAUUGUCGAUCACCUCCAGGUAUCUAUUCCUAGCCUAGAGAGAGCUCUCACUCAGUACGUUGCGAAUCCUACCCCAGAACAAUUUGAUAUUUCCACCGUUCCUGUAUCAGCGCCAGAGCCUACAAAUGUGCCAGAAAAGGGUCACGGUACCGUAGACAUUGCUAAUCCAGUCGCUGUUCAACCAGAAACUCCUGCUAAAGCAGCCGAAUCAUAUGCCGUGAAAUUAGCCAGUAUUCCAGAGUUAGCUCCCUUGCCUGGCUCUUUAUUCCGUUCCUCAGACCCUGUUCAAUUGACUGAAUCAGAGACAGAGUAUGUCGUUAAAUGUAUAAAACACUGCUUCAGUGACCACUUAAUUCUUCAGUUCAACAUCCUAAAUACAUUGAGCGAUACCCUACUUGAAUCAAUUGGAGUUACAUUAGAGGAACCGGAAGGCUAUGAGAUUCUGAAAGAAGUCGCUUGCCCAAAAUUAUCCUGCGGUGAAACUGGUUCGGUUUAUGUACUACUCAAGUUUCCAGAGGAUCUCUCCUUAUCAGUCAGCACUUUUGGUGCUACUCUCAAGUUUGUCGUCAAGGAUUGUGACCCUACAACCGGGGAGCCUGACACAGAUGAAGGUUAUCAUGAUACUUACAUGUUGGAGGACCUGGAUGUGUUGCUUAGCGAUCAAGUGGUUCGGGUUAUGAAAGGGAAUUGGGGAGCUGCAUGGGAGCAAGCAGAAGGCGAGUCAUUUUUCGAACUUGAAGAUACUUACGUGCUCACCAGUGUUACAUCUCUGGAGCAGGCGAUUCAAAAUAUUGUUGUAUUUCUUGGCAUGCAACCGGCUGAAAGAACAGACAGGCUUCCUCAAGGAAAAUCAGCUCAUACUCUCCUCCUUGCGGGCAUGUUCCGUGGAGGUCAUGAUGUUCUUGUACGUGCUAAAUUAGCGCUAGCUGAAGGUGUAACCAUGCAAAUCACUGUCAGAGCUCCAUCUCAAGAAAUUGCUGAGUUGAUAACCUCUGCUCUUGGUUAAAGCCCAGAGGUACUUUUUGUAAAGCCUGUAUAUAGAGAAAAAAAUUGUUAAUUGAUCUUCAUUUGUUUAAAUCUUUGCUGAAUGUUAGCUCCAAUAAUUUUCCUUCAGUAAAUGUAUGUAUAGAUAAUUUUUAUCUGAAAGUCUUUAUUAAAGUUUUUACAGAAACUUGUCAA